ACAGACUCGCGCGCGCGCAUUUAUUGAAACGUUAAAAAUGUUUUCUAACCGUUGGCAUUUACUAAACAAUAACAAAAUUACUUGAUACGAUCCGACAAUCGACAUUUAAUUCAAAUCAUUCUCGACCGUCGCGUUGUGAACAACACUCGCGUUGCAAAAGAAAUAAAAGAAAAUAAAAAUUAAAUAAAAGUGCAAAAACCAGAGUCCGGUUUCGUUCCCUAGCCUGUUGACUUCGAUGGGGUUAAAUAAAAACAAAACCGUGUUCCUGGGAUGAUUCUGUUGUGAGGUUGAAUUGUAACUUUUGUUGUUGGUGAAUAAAUAAGUUAUUUUUUAAAUAAAAUAGAUUAAAUAGAGAAAGUGUAAUAAUAAAAAUAUUGUGUAGUGAAAAAAUAGCGUUCCCAAGUUCCAAUACAUCACUUUUACGUUUGAAAAAUAAAGAUGGGGUGGCACUGGGUACUGUUAGCUUCAGUACUUGUUCAUUCGGCGCGAAGCGACGUACACGGAUUGGAAACUAAUCCUGACACAUAUAAACCAUCAUGGGUAUACAAAUGCGAUCCGGAGUACGGCUGCGAGAGGUCAGAUCAACCAUCGCAAGGUCACGUGAACGCCACCAAUGUCUUCAAGAGUUUGGACCUCUGCCGGACAGUGUGCGGUCGCUUUGGAGGCAUGUGGCCCAGACCUGUAACUGCGUCCCUGAGUCAAAACAUUAUCAAAAUACAUCCAAAUUCUAUAAGGUUUGACUUUAGAGAUGUUCCCUUGGAGGCUAAAGAGAUCUUGGUGGAAAUGACUCAUAUUACCAUUGCCAAUCUGGUUGCUGAAUGUGCUGGGAACGUCACCGAUGUGGUGGCCACGCCAGUUGUCGUCCGCUUAACUGUCAAGUCUCCAAGUCUCACUCUCACAUGGGAUACCAACGAAGAAUACUACUUAGAUGUUCAGAGUAAAGGUGACAUCGUAACAGUACACAUAUCAGCAGAAACAGUAUACGGCGCGCGUCAUGGCUUAGAGACGUUAACACAUCUAACAGCCUCUGAUAGACCGGUCUACUCGACUGAACAGAGAUGCGGUCUUCAUAUCUUAGCUGCUGCAACAGUCCGAGAUAGACCAGCUUAUGGUCAUAGAGGAUUAGUGCUGGAUUCUUCUAGAAACUUCAUGCCCAUGGUCGAUAUAAAGAGGACGAUCGAUGGAAUGGCAGCUACAAAGAUGAAUGUAUUCCAUUGGCAUGUGACAGAUUCGCACAGCUUCCCGUUAGAAUCGAAGAGCGUACCACAAUUUACGAAAUAUGGAGCGUACUCCCCACACGAGUUGUACAGGACUGAGGAGGUCCAGGACCUGAUACAGUACGCCAAGGUGCGCGGCGUGCGCGUUGUUAUUGAGAUCGACUCGCCAGCGCACGCCGGCAACGGUUGGCAGUGGGGCAAGGAUUACGGCUAUGGUGAUCUGGCUGUAUGCGUGAACGCGGAAUCAUGGCGGCAACUGUGCAUCCAGCCGCCGUGUGGUCAGCUGAACCCUGCCAACCAGGCGGUGUACCGCGUGCUGCGCAGACUCUACAAGGACAUCGUCGACCUCCUGCCCAAGCCGGCGCUCUUCCACGUCGGCGGUGAUGAGGUACACUUAGGUUGCUGGAAUUCUAGUGAGGAGAUAGUUAACUACAUGAAACACAAAGGCUUAGACACUGAUGUGGAAGGCUUCAUUAGUCUGUGGGCGGAGUUCCACUCUAAAGCUCUCCAGAUUUGGGAUGAGGAGAUCUUAGCGUCAGGUGGUGAGAAGCAACCCGUCCUCAUUUGGUCUUCAGAGCUCACUCAACCUGGAAGGAUCCAAAAUUAUCUAGAUAAGGAUAGAUACAUAAUUGAAGUUUGGGAGCCCCUAAGCAGUCCGUUACUGACGCAGCUGAUGCGUUUGGGUUACAAGACGAUAUCUAUACCAAAAGACAUUUGGUACUUAGACCACGGCUUGUGGGGCAAGACCAAGUACUCGAACUGGCGGCGUAUGUACGGACACCUGCUGCCGCGCGAACCCACCGUGCUGGGCGGAGAGGUCGCACUCUGGAGCGAGUAUAUUGAUGCUCAGGCCUUGGACACUCGUGUAUGGCCUCGUGCUGCGGCGGUGGGUGAGCGGCUGUGGAGCGACCUCCGCAGCGGGUUCGCGGCGGCGGAGCCUCGCAUGCAGCGGCACCGCGCGCGCCUGCUGGCUCGCGGCCUGCGUCCCGACGUGCUCACACCCGCCUGGUGCGCGAAUCAUGACUCUAGAUGCUUCUAGAACACUUACCGCAGGUAUACACCGAUUCAAACUUAAUGCGAGCUCCGUUCGAUUGCUGCGCACUCUUAUUGUAAAUUCCAAUCGCAGUGACAAAACACAUUUUAGACUUUAUUUUGUCAACGAAAUGUAAGGAAUAACAAUUUUUAUACAUGCAAGUAUCAGUGCUGUGGAGUUCAAGGGAAUAUCAAUAAGAUGUAAUUAGCAUUAUAAGGAUGCAGUGGGUUUACCUACGAAGUUCAGUGCUGGCAAUUAACCUCGAGCCGUUAUAAAGUUUGAAUCUUAUAUUACAACGCUUGUAAAAAGAACGAGUUAAUAUACUCUACUUACACAAUUUUUAGCACAUUCUAGAACAAAUGGAAUUAUUCCUAUUUAUUUUAUCAAUUUCAUUUUGAACAAAACCAAAGUAUAAAAGUUUGUCUUAUAGAAAUCUUGGUCUCUACUAUAACUACGUUCGUAGUUUGUGUCUUUAAAAAUAGCAUAAUGAAACUCGUUAAAUAUUUCGGUUACUUAUUAUACAGGAUGUUUACUUUAAGUAGUUGUUAUUUUAAUUUAAGUAAGAAUUUAAAGUAGAAUUAAGCAAAUUAUUAACAAAAUGUGUAUCUUAAUUAUUUUUAGUUAAACGAAGUAUAUUUUCGGCAAAGUGUUAUAAAAUUAUUUAAUGUAAUUCAUGAUUUAGUUUUAUACUUGCCACAUUUGAUAAAUGGUGCUAAUAAUAAUAUUAGGUUUAAUUUUUAUACGAUUAGAUCUCAGUUAUAAAAUAAUAAUUAUUAUUUACUUUAUAAAUGACAUUAGCUGUAAAAUAUUAUUAUAUUUUUAAAUAUAAUAAGUUUAAGUUAAUAAAUUGAUUGUUAAAUA